AUGGUAGAGCAACGAGACACAGGCGCCGACUUUGCCAUCCGGAACGACUUCGUGGGACAACUGCCCUGGCUGCCGCGGGACAUCAGCGAAAGCCUGAUGAGUCUGCAUCUGUCUCUUCGGGAAUCAGACUUCGCCACCAACAUUAACGUCUACGCCCCUGCAGUGAUCGGUUUAGACAAGGCGAAAACCAAGUUUUGCAAAGACCUACACGCCCCCUGGCGUCUGCGUUGAAGACGGAUAAGUUGAUCGUUCUCGGUGAUUCCAAUGCCUGCGCUGCCUGGAGGGGGGAUGUGGGUGCUCACGGUAUUGUCGGCUGCAGCGACAAUGGUUAGUUUUUUCUCCCGCACCCACAAUAAACACGGCCUCCUGCUGACUAGCACCCUAUUCCGCCUGCCGUUGCGGAGGAAGGCCACCUGUUUGCACUCCCGAUUGCGGCGCUGACAUCUACUGGACUAUGUUCUCGUUCGGAGGUGAGAUCGGCAGGGCGUGACGGUAACCAGGAUGAUCUGCGACGCCGAUGGCUAGACGGAUUAGAGGUUUGCCAUCUCCAAGAUGAGGCUCCGUCCGCAACCUCGCGGGAGGCCACAAUUUAAGUGAUCACAAGGUAAGCUGAUAGCGCUUAGAUAUGUUUAGCUGCUCUGUCAUUUGCAUUUCAGCAGGCAACUGACCCAGAAGUUGGACAACCGUUCAUUCGGUGCCCUAGGCUCCGCACCUCACCAGGACUGGUUCCACAACAACGACACAGCCAUUAACAACCUGCUCGCCUAGAAGAACAAGCUGCAAAGAGCCUACCUCGACCGUCCAACCGAUGCGGACUAGCGGCUUCCAAAUCUCGCCGUCUUGCGCAGCAACUAAUCUGAGUAACGCGGGAUGCCCGGAUGGCUUACACAGUCGAGGAUAUCCAGUGAUACGCCGGCCAUAACGAAUCAAAGAACUUCUUCGCGAUCAGGAUGAUCUACGGCAUCGGAUCGAAUGAACUGCACCGCUUCUCAGCUUCGAUGGACCAGCGCUUCUUGAGGAGAAUGCGCAGAUUCUGAAGCAAUAGUACAUGCAAUUCAGAUGUGCCCUCAAUCGACCAUCCACAAACUCCGACGCCGCCAAUGACCGACUUUCCUUAAGUGGAAAGAAACGUUAACCUGGACCUUUCGCCCCCGCUCCUAGAAAUCAUCCUUGUGGUGCAACAACUCUCCAGCGGGAACGCAUCAGAUUCUCGUGCAAUCCCAGCUGAAAUCUACAAGCAAGGCGACCACCGUCUAAUGGACCAACUCACGACGCUAGUUCGAGAGAUGUGGGACUGUGGACAACUUCCUCAGGACUUCAAGGGCGCAACCACCGUUCACCCCUACAAGCUCAAAGGCAACCGGCAAGUCUGCGACAAUCACAGGGACAUCUCACUGCUCAACAUCGCUGGAAAGAUUUUGGUCACCAUUCUCCUCAAUCACCUGAACGGCUACCUCGAGCUAGGACUGUUGCCAGAAUGUCAGUUUGUUUUCUAG